UCUCAAUCAUGAAUAUGCACAGAGCCAAACACCCCACUAUCUCGCUGAAGCUGCUGCUACAUUAGGUACUUGAAUUAGUACGAAUGAUGAGGUGAAAUAAUAACAAUUACACUUUUUACUUAUAAUCUUCCCUUUCACCAUGCCUCGAGAAGCUGAACCUUCACUCAAUGAGCGCGCUUUCGUAGUGCAGGCGCUACAAGAGGGCCUGCGCAUCGAUGGCCGCGCCUUCGACCAAUACCGAAAGCUCGAGCUCAAGUUUGGUGACCAAUACGGAGUCGCAGAUGUAACUCUUGGAAAGACAAGGAUACUUGUCAAGGUCUCGGCCGAAGUCACAACACCUUACACGGACCGACCCUUUGACGGCAUCUUCACUAUCACGACAGAACUUAGCCCCAUGGCAUCGCCCGCUUUCGAAGUUAACCGACCGACAGAAACAGAAGUUCUAUUAUCGAGACUACUUGAAAAGACCGUCCGCCGAUCGAAUGCUCUCGAUACCGAGUCGCUGUGUCUCGUCGCCGGGCAAAAGUGUUGGUCUAUAAGAGUUGACCUACACGUGCUCUCGCACGAUGGUAAUCUAAUCGACGCCUCGUGUUUCGCGGUUGUAGCAGCAUUGCGCCACUUCAGGAAACCAGAUACAAGCAUGGAAGGAGGGAAUUUAACUGUAUAUACUCCCGCCGAACGAGAACCUGUGCCAUUGAGCUGGCUGCAUUCGCCGUUUUGCGUUACGUUUAGCUUUUAUGGAGAAGGAGGAGAGAUCACAUUGUUGGACGCAAAUCUCCUAGAGGAACAAUUAAAGGUAUCUAGCUGCACGAUCAGCCUCAACAGACACGGGGAAAUAUGCCAAAUCGCAAAGUUGGGUGGCACACCUGUAGAGGCGGCCACGCUGCUCCAGUGCGCAAGCGUCGCUCUCAACAAAGUCAAGGAGUUCUCGACGUUAUUAGAUCAGAAACUAGCCGAGGACUCGAAGCGGAGGAACAAAGGCGGACUCCUGGCAGAACUGUCCGCGGAGAACGAGAGAUAGCAGACGGGGGUUACUCCCACAGAUGACCCAAAAAUAAAGAUACCCAUGAUGAACUCAAUGAUAACUCCCAUCCUAGAACGCCUG